UUCCAAUUAGUAAUGUUAUGUGACAAAAGUUGUCAACAACGAUUUACAACAUAAUCUUUUGGAAAUGGCGACGUUUUAUAAACUCGAUAUUAAUCGGACUGAAUGGGAAAUUCCAGAAAUUUAUCAACAGCUUCAAGCUGUAGGCUCUGGAGCCUAUGGACAGGUUUGCAAGGCGAUUGUACGAAACACUGGUAUGAAGGUAGCAAUUAAAAAGUUAGCACGUCCGUUUCAGUCUGCUGUUCAUGCAAAACGCACUUAUCGUGAAUUACGUUUGUUGAAGCAUAUGGACCAUGAAAAUGUAAUUGGCUUACUAGACGUUUUCCAUCCGGGUCAGCCGGCUAGUUCUUUAGAGAAUUUCAAUCAAGUAUAUUUGGUAACGCAUUUAAUGGAUGCCGACUUGAAUAACAUUAUUCGAACACAAAAGCUCUCUGACGAUCAUGUUCAAUUUUUGGUCUACCAAAUUUUACGUGGUUUGAAAUAUAUUCACAGUGCUGGUAUUAUACAUCGCGAUUUAAAACCUUCAAAUAUUGCGGUGAAUGAAGAUUGUGAGUUGCGUAUACUUGAUUUCGGCUUGGCAAGGCCAGCGGAGAGUGAAAUGACGGGUUACGUUGCAACCAGGUGGUACCGCGCUCCGGAGAUAAUGCUCAAUUGGAUGCAUUAUAAUCAAACAGUAGAUAUUUGGUCAGUUGGCUGCAUAAUGGCCGAACUUCUAACAGGACGCACUUUAUUUCCCGGAACCGAUCAUAUUCAUCAACUUAAUUUGAUUAUGGAGAUACUUGGAACACCAACGGAUGACUUUAUGCAAAAAAUAUCCUCUGAAAGUGCUCGAAAUUAUAUUCGAGCUCUACCAAAAAUGCAAAGAAGAAAUUUCAAAGAUGUUUUCCGUUACGCCAAUCCAGCAGCUAUAGAUUUGCUUGAAAAAAUGCUGGAAUUAGAUGCAGAGAAACGAAUCAAUGCAGAAGAAGCCUUGGCUCAUCCAUAUAUGGAAAAAUAUCACGACCCUAACGACGAGCAAACGUCACCACUAUAUGAUCAAAGUUUUGAAGAUAUGGAUUUACCUGUUGAUAAAUGGAAGGAGCUGGUUUUCACAGAAGUUACAAGCUUUAAGCCACCACAAGCAUUUGCUGAAGUUCUUGAAAAAUGCAAAUAAUUUUUCCAAAAAGGAUAUCAAUUUGGAAAUUUACAAAUAUACAUAUGUUCUUAAAUAUAUAUUUACUAAAAAUUACACUGUGCCUCAAGUGCUGUUAAAGGUAUAUGUAUUUCGCAAAACGUAUACAUAUACGGUUCAAAUUACUUAAUUUAUUUUGUUUCAGUCAUGUUGUAUGUGUUUAAAAUAUUUAAUUAUUUAAAACUUUAACUAGAUGUAGAUUCCUGUAAAGUGUUUACUUCUUUUUUAAGAAAAACAUGUUAAAAUAUUUUGAAAUAAAUAUGGAUAUUUAGCUGUGGAAAGA